AUCCGGUCAUCCGGCUUGGUGCAAUAUAAGGUUGCAGGCCGUUCGGGAAGACGCAGUCCAUGAACUUUGGCACACACUGAGAAACAGAACGAGUUUGAAGAAAUGGCGACGGCCGUCGUGCGAUCUAGUUUUCUACGAGCUGCGGUACGCGGAAGACCUCGUAGCUCGGCUCCUUCCCGUCGAAACUUCGCUUCAUCUAGUCAUCACGAUGAUGAAUAUGAGACAGCCAAGUGGGAGAAGAUUACCUAUCUAGGCAUAGCUACAUGCACUGUUUUAUCCAUUUAUAAUCUAUCAAAGGGUCACCCUCACCAUGAAGAACCCCCUUCAUACCCAUAUCUGCACAUCCGCAAUAAGGAAUUUCCAUGGGGUCCAGAUGGCCUUUUCGAGAAAAAGCAUCACUAGGAACAUCUGGUGGUUAAGUCGGAGGAGGUAUCGUGUGGCUGUUUGUUUUGCUUAUUUCUUACCCCAUGUCGAAGUUUGAUAAAACAUUUUCGUAUUAUUUCAUAAAUUGUGAUGUGGAAUUUGUAAUUGGCAAGGCAGUCUUAUUUUGUCAUGCUUCGUUCUCUUGAAUUUAAAAUAAUUGAAUACUUGGUUCUGCUUUAUCCAGUUUGGUGCAAGUACUAGCAUCAGAAAGAAUGUUAUUUCUGCA